AUGACUGAAAUCAAGAACUGUCUUGAUUCUAUUUGUGAAAAAAUAGAUUUAAUUUCAGGUGAUCAAAGCUUGAUAGAUCGAUCACUUAAAGUCUCUUUAAACGAAUUUACUGAAAAAGAACUUAGUCAAGAAAAUAUUAGAAAAAAGUUUCUUACACCUCAUCCUCAAUUUACAUCUAAUUGGCUCGACAAUCUUCAAGAACUUCCUCCAGUUGAUUUUUUAAAUGACAACACUUCUCAACUAUUUACGCCACCACAUUACAAAUCAGUUACUGGGUUUAAAUUUCAUCGUGCAGGGUUAGAAGGAUCAAUUGUUGGAUAUUCUGAAUACACUGUUCCUUCUGAGUUCUCUACAAAAACUUCAAAAAAUUCACUUUCAAUCACCCGUGAAGCUACUUCGAAAGCAGAUUCUGUAAGAGGUCGACCUGGCUAUAUGCCAUUUGCACCUGGAGGUGUAUCUAUAUUGGAAGACAAUCAGAAGAUUGAAAAUUUUUCUCGUGAUAAUAAUGGGUUAUAUAACGUUGCUCCUGGAUUGUCUCGAGGAAUUUUGGAUGAAUUAGAAGAAGAGAAAGACCAAACUGAAUUUAGUAAUGAUGUUUUAGUUGACUUAAAAGAUUCAGAAGAAAUUUCUGAUAACUCAGAUUUUCCCUCAAGCAUUAAUAAUCAUUCCAUUGAGUCUAAUGAUGACGAUAACGAAAGAGAAAAUGAAAACUUUGAUGGUAAUGAUGAUACAGACCUGGAUGAUGAAGUUAAUAACAAUGACAGCUCAGUUGUGAAAUCAACAGAAAUUGAUGUUUUACUUCCAAAUGAGAUUACUUUUGGGCGAAUUCAAAAUCAUAUUGAGUCAAUUCCCAAAUCUAAAGACUGGGCUCAUGUUGUUGAUGUUAACAAAACAAUUAAAAAUUUUAGAGAAUUAGUGCCAUCUAUGGCAAAAGAAUACCCUUUCGAACUCGAUACAUUUCAAAAAGAAGCUGUUUAUCAUUUGGAGCAGGGUGAUUCAGUUUUUGUUGCUGCCCAUACAUCUGCAGGUAAAACUGUUGUUGCUGAAUAUGCUAUAGCAAUGGCCUCUAGAAAUAUGACAAAGGCUAUCUACACAUCUCCCAUCAAAGCUCUCAGUAAUCAGAAAUUCAGAGAUUUUAAGGAUAUAUUUGAAGAUGUUGGCAUUUUAACAGGUGAUGUUCAGAUUAAUUCUGAAGCAAGCUGUCUUAUUAUGACUACUGAAAUUUUGCGCAGUAUGCUUUACAGAGGUGCAGAUUUGAUUCGUGACGUUGAAUUUGUUAUAUUUGAUGAAGUUCAUUAUGUUAAUGAUCAGGAUAGGGGUGUUGUAUGGGAAGAAGUUAUUAUCAUGCUUCCUGACCAUAUUAAGUUAAUUCUGCUAUCUGCAACUGUUCCCAAUACAUUUGAAUUUGCUAAUUGGGUUGGAAGAACAAAACAGAAAGAUAUUUAUGUUAUUUCGACGCCUAAACGUCCAGUCCCCCUUGAACAUUAUCUCUGGCUGAAAAACAACCAAAUAAAAAUAGUUGAUUCAGAUAAGAAAUUUUUGGAAGUUGGUUAUUCUGCUGCUAAUAAUUUGCUUAAUCCUCCUGCUGUCCCAACAGGUCCCAAAAAUGGAGAUAAAACCGAUACUAAUGGUCGUGGUGGUCGCGGUGGUGGUCGCGGCGGAAGAGGUGGUCGCGGCGGUCGUGGCGGUCGUGGCGGUCGUGGAGGUGGACAGCUAUUCAUUUCUCCACAACUUAAGAAUAAUUCAAAUGGACGUCGUCCUAAUAGCAAUAUACACGGUAAAACUACUGUUCUCCAACUUCUUCAACAUCUUAAAAAAGAAUCUCUUCUUCCUGCAGUUAUAUUUGUUUUUUCACAAAAACAAGCUUCUUCUUACGCAUCUAUGAUUACUAGUGUCGAUUUUACAACCAGCAAAGAAAAAUCUGAAAUUAAAAUGUUUGUCAACAACGCUAUUUCUCGGUUGCGUAAAGAAGAUAGGGAAUUGCCACAAAUUUUAGAAAUACGUGAAUUGCUUUUAAGAGGAAUAGGUACUCAUCAUGGUGGUCUUUUACCUAUUGUUAAGGAGAUUAUUGAGAUUUUAUUUGCUAGAUCACUUGUGAAAGUCCUUUUUGCUACAGAAACGUUUGCCAUGGGUCUCAAUCUUCCAACAAAAACUGUUGUCUUUGCAAAUACUUCUAAAUUUGAUGGUCACACAUUUAGACAAUUGUUUCCCGGUGAAUACACACAAAUGGCUGGUCGUGCUGGUCGUAGAGGUCUUGACACUACAGGGACAGUAAUGAUUAUGGUUGGUUCAGAAUUAGGAUCACCAGAAUCAUUUAGAGAAUUAAUUAUGGGUACGCCUACAAAACUUCAGAGUCAAUUUAGACUCACUUACAACAUGAUUUUAAAUCUCCUUAGAAUUGAGGCUUUGAAAGUGGAAGAAAUGAUUAAGAGAUCAUUCUCUGAAAAUGCCAAUCAGGUUAUGCUUCCUGAACACCAAAGGAAUGUUAAAAUUAACGAGGACGCCUUAACCAAACUUAAUCGCGAAUCUUGCAAUUUUUGUGACAAAGAUAUUGAAUUUGUUGUGUCUAAGAUUGAUCUUUAUAGAAAAUUAUCUGCUGAUUUGAUCAAGUUCUACGCAAAAUUUGUUAAUGGACUGUCAGCAUUUCCCAAAGGACGCAUCAUCGUUUUUAAAAAUGACGACGAACCUAGAUAUGUUGGGUUGGUUUCGAACCUUGAUACUACCAGAGGAACGCUUAAUGUAUUUAUACUAUCAAGAAAGCCUGCAGAUUCGUUCAAGGAUAACGCACCAUUUUUCUCUACGAUUGGUGGGUACGUUAAAAGAAACAUGCCUAAUCAUUUUGUGCUUGCAUCUAGUUUUCGCCAAACUUCAAUUCCUGUGGCUUCAGUGGAAUUUAUCACUAAGCUAACUCUCAAAGUUUCUCCUUGGAUUUUAACUAAACCAAAAAAUCCUGGGUACAGGGAGGCGAUCGAACUUCUUGCUUCCAUGUUUUCUUUCCAAGAUCAGUGGAAUGAGUUUCAAAAAGAUUUGAAAGCAGUUGAAAUGGCUAUUGUUUCUAAAGAACGUUCCGAGACUUUUCAGCUAAUUUCAUCAUCGCAUUCUAUUUCUUGCCCUCAUUUUGUCAGACAUUAUGCUGUUGAAAAUGAAAGAUACAAAACUCAACAUAACAUUGAGCAAUUGAAGCAACUUAUUCAUGGAGAAAAUAUGGAUUUACUUCCAGACUACGAGCAACGAAUUGAAGUUUUGAAAGUUCUCAAUUAUAUUGAUGAAGAUCAGAACGUCUUGCUCAAAGGAAGAGUUGCUUGUGAGAUAACUACAGGUUUCGAGCUCAUUAUUACUGAGCUUAUUUUGGAUAACUUUUUGGCGUCAUAUGAGCCGGAAGAAAUUGUUUCUCUGUUAUCAGUCUUUCUUUUUCAAGGCGCUUCUAAUGUUACUAGUGGGCCUAUAACCCCGAAGCUUGACUACGGAAAAGCAAAAAUUAAGGAAGUUGUUACUUCGACAUUAGAUGUUUUUGAGCAACAUAGCGUCCUGGUCACUCAAGAAGAAGCUGAAUUUUUGGAGAGUGAUAGAUUUGCUCUUAUGGAGCCCAUCUAUGAAUGGGGUAGGGGUAUGGCUUUCAGCGAUAUUAUGAAAUUGACAACUAUUCCAGAGGGAACCAUUGUUCGUGUGAUUACUAGACUUGACGAAGUUUGCAGACAAGUAAUGAAUGCUGCAAGGAUUAUUGGAGAUGCCACUCUAUACGAAAAAAUGGAACUGGCACAAGAAAAAAUUAAGCGUGAUAUUGUAUUUUGUGCCAGCUUGUAUUUGUAA